ACAGGAAGAGAGUGAACAUACUUCACAUCUGGUUACAUUAGAUGUAAGAGCAGCACGCGCUCUCCUGUAACUUUAGUCUUUAUACAGUAAAGCUGCUUCUGUGUUCCUGAAGUCACGUUCCUGAAUCAGGGCGCACGCGCUGUUCUCUCCAGGAAGAAGCCCCCCCCCCCUCCCAAGAAGAUAUCUGGAUUAACCGAGGGUCAGAGGUCAGCAUGGGCUCUGCAGUGGAGAGGACAGACGAACAUGUCCGGGAGUAUCUGAUCUACCGGGGCUUCACCAGCACCCUCAAACACAUGGACACCGAGAUGAAGAGCGACAAGGAGAAAGGCUUCAGGGUGGAUAAGAUCAUCGAGCAGCUGCAGCAGUUUGUGCAGAGCUUUGACCUGUGUGGUCUGAGGGAGUACUGGCAGUACCUGGACAGACGUCUGUUCUGCAGACUGGAGGAUGUGUACAGAUCCACAGUGAACAAACUGAGAACCAGCCUGUACAGAUUCUACGUCAUUAACACCAUCCAGAAAGGAAACCUGGAGAAGACUCAGGAGUUUUUCCAGAAGCAGGCGCUGGAGCUGCAGACUCAGACCGAGUGGCGCGAUUGGUUCAUCCUGCCGUUUAUUGGCACCCCCGAGCAGAACCCUGCCUUCUCUCCGUACUUCUCCCGCCAGUGGGCUGACACCUUCCUGGUUUCACUGCACAACUUCCUGUCUGUCCUCUUCCAGUGUAUGCCCCAGCCCGUCCUCCUCAGCUUUGACUCUGAAGUCCAGAAGACCACGAGUCUGACUGAAGAGAACGAACAGCUCCGCCAGAUGCUAUUUGCUCUGCAGACGGAAUGCCGGGAGCAGAGGGAGGGCGAGGAGACGGUCCACCACAAGCUGCCGCUGUACGUCCAGAACAUGGACCGCCUUGGGGACACUGAGCUUGACUUAGUGUCGAGCCAGCGCCCGGUCAGCACCGCCAUCACUCCCUCCAGAAACUUCUUCUCGACAUUCCUGCCGCAGGGCAGGCGCACCCCGGGGAAACUGCCUCAGACCAGCGGUUCCUCGCCCAGCCAGGCAGCAGUGGGAAGGAAGGACCCCUCCACCAACCCCCCUCCUGCAAAGUCAAAGGAUGGUUUCCAAGCUAAGGAGGUAAAGCCAGUUUCCAGCCAGGCCUCCCUCAGUGAAGCUGCAAGCUCACAGCCCCAACAGGCAACACACCCCUCCUCACAUCCCCGACACAAGAGGGUCCAGGACCACGAGAAGGAGAGACGGGAGCUUUUCUCCAAACCACCAGCACAGACAGCAGAGAAGAGAGGGGAGGGGGGGGAGGUAGAGCCUCCUCCCGACACCUCCAGUGACCCCCCCGAGUCCUGCUCAGACAGCAGGGGCUGCCAAUCAGGAAGGGAGAGGGGGGGUCUCUCAGCGGAGCAGCCUUUCAUCAAACUGAGCCAGGAGGAGUACGGAGAACACCACUCCUCCAUCAUGCAUUGCAGGGUUGACUGUUCUGGUCGCCGGGUUGCCAGUUUGGAUGUAGACGGAGUCAUAAAGGUGUGGUCAUUCAACCCCAUCAUGCAGACCAAAGCCACCAUCAUGUCCAAGUCUCCUCUGCUGUCUCUGGAGUGGGCCACCAAGCCGGACCGACUGUUGUUACUAGGCAGUGGAGUUGGCACAGUGCGGCUGUAUGACACGGAUGCCAAGAAGAAUCUUUAUGAGAUGAACAUUGAUGAAACCCACCCACGCAUCCUGUCUCUAGCCUGCAGUCCCAGCGGCUCGUCUUUCGUCUGCUCUGCUGCAGCUCUCAGCGGAGACUCCGCUCCUCGACUUCCUGUCCCUGUCCCUGGCCAGCUGCUGCUCUGGGACACAAAGACGGUCAAACAACAGCUCCAAUUCUCUUUAGAACCUGACCCAGUAGCCGUGAACUGCACCGCCUUUAACCACAACGGGAACCUGCUGGUGACCGGAGCCGCUGACGGAGUCAUCCGCCUGUUCGAUAUGCAGCGGUAUGAGAGUGCGAUGAGCUGGAGAGCUCACGACGGAGAAGUGUACAGUGUGGAGUUCAGCUACGAUGAAAACACAGUCUUCAGCAUCGGAGAAGAUGGCAAGUUCAUCCAGUGGAACAUCCACCGAUGUGGGGUGAAGCAGUCGGAGCAGGCGUUAGCUCAGGAUGCCACGGGGCCCUUCAUCCUGUCAGGUUACAGCGGAUACAAACAGGUGCAGGUUCCUCGAGGUCGGCUGUUUGCCUUCGACUCUGAAGGCCAACACAUCCUGACCUGCUCCAGCAGCGGAGGACUCAUCUACAGACUGACCGAUAGGGAGCCAGCUCUGGAGAGUGUGCUCUCACUGGGCGGGCACAAAGCGCCGGUGGUGACAGUUGAUUGGUGCUCGGCCGUGGACUGCGGCACCUGCCUGACAGCCUCCAUGGACGGGAAGAUCAAACUGAGCACGCUCCUGGCUCAGAAGUCCUGACCGACCACCUGAUUGGGGUCGAAGGUCAUCAGAAUCUAUGAUGAACUGAUUUAAUUGGCUUGUUUGAUGAAUGUAUCUCACACGUCAAUGAAAAACUCACCAACCCUUUAUUAAGUCAUAUUAAAAUAAAAAAUUCACUUAGAGUUCCAGCUGA